AUGGGGAUUCAGACCACAUUAGAUUCUUUUUUCUCGGUGAAACCGUCUACUUCUUCCCUGUCUUCACCAUGUUCAAGAUCAACCUCCGCGAGUGCUCGACGACCAGGAAAACGACCAAAAACGGAUGAAGAUCAGUACGUUCUCGACGCCGGCCAGAAGCGGAUAGGAUUGCAACAUUGCAAACAGGUAAGCGCUUGAUAUUUGUUUAAUUUUUGAGUUUAGAAGUUGGUAUGUGAAAUUAAAUGGAAGAAUUUGAAAUUUCUGCCUAUUUUAGUCUGAAAACAUGUUGAAAGGCAUGCCGAAUUCAUUUAUGCCCUUUUCAGUGCGAUAUGGCGUUCAACUGGGACGAUGCGGUCGAUCGUAAGGCACAUGAAACCUAUCACAACAAAGCGUUUGACUUGAAAGCCGUAAAAAUCUUGGGAGUGCAAUAUAAAUCUUGGAUGUCGUAAGAUCCUCUAUGUUUUCAUUGAAUCUUUAAUUUAGGAGCGUGAAGAACCGGGAAUUUAACAGUCAGCGCCCUGGUAUAUUAUUUAUGUUCGAUCAGACCUCUAAAAGCUCCAUAGUGAAGAAGGCUGAAGAUAUCAUUCAGGUAAAUUUACUUGUUAGUUUGUUUAUUGUGUUUAGGGUUUGUUUCAGUCAGAAAAAUCUACUUGCUCUGUGAAAAAAUACUUAUCUUUUCUUUCCGUUCAGGAGAUUGUUAACCCUGCGCUUGGCCUUUGCGAUGAUGUGCCGCUGUGGACGUCUAACACACGGAUUUUCAUGUUCACAAUUUUACAAGAUUCGCAGUACUAUGUGGGUUCGAUUGCCGUGCUGGAAAGCCUCGAACAUGCCCAACUUCUGCCGGAACAACGCCAAUUCAAGGGACAAUUUAUCGGCCUUAAUCGCCUUUGGGUGCAUUCAGCGCUAAAAUCUAUUCUUACGGAGAAGUGGAUCCUCAGUCAAAUUUGUGAGAACUUCUACGAGACCCCGGUUCCAAGGUCAAGAAUCGCCUUCAGCGAAGAUCAAAAGCAACUCGCAAUAGAUUUCUUCGGUGAUAGCGCACAAAGAUAUGUCAGUUAUGUGAACGAAUAA